UUACCAUGGAUCCCAAAAACCAAAAACCCCUAAAAAUCCACUUAGUGUGCACCACCGACUCGCCCGAGUUCGGUCACCUAACCCAGUCUCUGGCUCGUUCCUCAAUCGUCGCACUUGACGCCGAGUGGAAACCCAUCCGCGGCCACCAGUCCUACUUACCCACCGUGACCCUCCUCCAACUCGCCUGCCAACUCGUCAACGACCCGGACGAGUCUGACGACUCAGUGACUUUCCUUGUUGACCUGAUUUCAAUCCCUCUGUCUUCAAUCUGGGAAUUGCUCAGAGAUGUUUUUGCUUCCCCUGAUAUAUUGAAACUGGGUUUCAGAUUUAAGCAGGAUUUGAUUUACUUGUCCUCCACUUUCUGUGCGCAAGGCUGUGAUCCUGGGUUUGACAGAGUUGAGCCCUUUUUGGAUAUUGUAAGUGUAUACAAUCAUUUACAACAUAAGCAGCAUGGAUGGAAGACAUCGAAGCAAAUUAAGAGUCUGGCAACCAUAUGCAAAGAAGUGUUGGGCUUUUCUCUUUCAAAGGAACUUCAAUGUAGUGAUUGGUCAAAUCGUCCUCUUACAGAAGAGCAGAAAACAUAUGCAGCAUUGGAUGCACACUGUUUGCUCGAAAUAUUCAACGUCUUCCAGGCAAAGGUUGUCAAAGAUGGGAGUUAUUUUUGCAAUAUCACCAAACCAGUUACCCCUAAUGUAAAUCUUGGGUUGAAAGAGGUUCUUGAAAAGCAUGAUAUGAGUAGUAAAAUUUUGAGGAUCAAAUCUUGUGAAGCUUUAGACGUAGUUCGGGCUACAGUAGAGGGAAUGGUUUCAAGGUCAUCAUGCAGAAAGACCAUGCCUAUGGAUGAAUCUCUCUUGAAGGUUGUAAAAAAAUAUGGGGAAAAAAUUUUGUUGAAAGAGUCAGAUAAAAAGCCAAAGGCCACCAAAAAGAAAGGGAAGAGAAGGUCAUCGAAGGCUAUGAUUUGCAGAGAAAAGCGAUUAGAAGAUUUUAAUGAUUGGCAAGGCCCUGCACCGUGGGAUUUGCCCCUGGGCGGCGAUGGAUGCCCAAAAUUUCUAUGUGAUGUAAUGGUUGAAGGCUUGGCAAAACAUUUACGGUGUGUUGGGAUAGAUGCUGCACUUCCAUAUUCAAAAAAGCCUGAAUCCAGAGAGUUAAUAGAACAAGCAAUCAAAGAGAAGAGAAUGCUCUUGACACGAGAUGCUAAGCUGCUCAGAUACGAGUAUCUGAUAAAAAAUCAAAUAUAUAGGGUGAAGAGUCUUCUAAAAAAUGAACAGCUACUUGAGGUCAUCGAAACUUUCCAGUUGAAAAUUAGUGAGGAUCAGCUGAUGCCAAGGUGCACCAAAUGCAACGGGAGGUUCAUCCAAAGGGCUCUAACCACUGAAGAGGCUGUUGAAGCUGCAAAAGGCUUUCAAAGAAUUCCCAGUUGCUUGUAUGACAAGAAUCUAGAGUUUUGGCAGUGCAUGGACUGUCGCCAACUUUACUGGGAGUGUGCACAUCAUUGUUACAGGGAACCCAAUACCAUAAUGCAGUCCAGAAGUUCAUUGAUGUGUGCAAGUUGAACGAGUAAUCAGAAGUUCAUUAUCACAUUGCACGAAGAUGGCAUUGGUGCCACUUUAUGACCCUCUUGUUUAAGUAGAUGUCCUUCUCAGUUUUAUGUGUAAUUUUAUUAGUUUCAUGCGUUUAAAUAAUGUGUUUUUUCUUUUUUGGGUCAUCCGUAUGUAGCAGGCGAUCACGACAUGCCCCCACUUUGUUUUGGUGAUGCUGUGUAUAAAAUCUGGCUGGACCCUUCUUUCCAUGGGGAAAAGCUGUCCCCCAAAACUGAAUAGAUUAGUAAAUGUUACAGUAUUGGCCUGACAUUUAUGCAUACUAUAAUUCAAAUUCUUUUGUUCCUGAUCA